AUGUCGUUUGACGGGGACGAAAGAAGAUGGAUUUGUGGCAGGGGUGGUGGAGUGAAUCUGCACCGCGUCAGUUCCAUCGUCAGAGAUAUUCGAGAGCCUUGUCUUCAUCAUUCACCUGGCAAGGUUGGUUCGGCUUGUGCAUUCUUUUUUUUGGCAUCACGCAAGGGUGGUGGAGUGAUGCUCCCUUGUUUUAGGCAUUGGCAAAAUGAAAUCUUUUUUAUUUUGUGCGUGUGUAAGACUAACACAUAAUGAACCCGUGUGUAAGACCAUGUUAGGUGUAGUUUGUGGCUUACACCGUCUAGCAGCUAGUUUAUUGGGUCAAAUGGCUGGUGACAAUACGGACCUAGUUUGGUUAAUGUUGGGAAUCCUAUGUUUGACAUUCUGGCGUAAUUUAAUGGAAUAUAUCUUCGUUAACACGAGUCAAAAGUGCAGGUAAUUGUGCCGGAAUUCCUCUUAUUCCAAAAUUCUCCACCGUCUUAUCUUGAAUGAAGGAGACCUGAAAAUAUUAUAAUAUUAACUGUUAUCUUCAGUAAGUGGAGUAACAUGAGGUAACUAUGACAGUACACUGGCGUUAACUAUAACCAAUUAAAAAAGAUAAUUGUAGGGCCGAGAAGUGUCAUAAAUGCUGCAGUAAGCCUAAUUGUUGAAUCCAGACUUGAGAGAAUUGAUUUAUUAUUUUAAAUGAAUGAAAUGUAAGAAUGUUAUUCUAGAUUGGAUGGCUUCCUUGCAUGCUCGAACUUGGACGUCCACCAUUGCAAGAUCUGUUAUUAUCGUUAGCGCACAAACCCACUGUUCCCCAAUCUAGAGUGCUUCAGUGCAUCAUAUGGAUUCAAAAUGAUCCAUUCCAAUGCGACGUUGACUUAUUACUAACUUUUGUUGAUUUGAGCUGGACAAAAUCCAUCCCUAUCUGCAGCUCGAGGUCAAUUAUCAUGUCCCUCUGGAUGAUCAUCGUUGGAGCUGAAACUUCAAUUCGGACAACUAACUCUGACUUUUCGCAUGCUGAUGCUCCAGCAACGAAAUCACACAAAUGCAUUGGCAAUUUCAUGGGCGCAGACUAUCUGUUGUGCCGCUCUAAGCGACUGUCUCAUUAUUCACUUUUUAUUUUUUUAAAAAUUAUAAUUUUAAUUUGAACAAAGAGCAUCCUUUCAAAACUUACCUACGAAUCUAACUCCUUCUGUCAGGAGUUUGAUAUUCCGUUGUAUUUUCUUGAGAAUACACUUUGUCUCUAUGGUCCCCAGGUUAUUUUGAUGAUCAUGUUUACUAUUAAAAUUCAAUUUAGACAGGCAACCAUCAUUGCCAUAUCUUAAUACACUAGUAGUGAACAAAAACUGAAUUGGUUUAUUUUUCUUUUCUCGUACUCCUCUGUUUUCUUUGUAACUUAUUUCUCAUUCUGUAGCUAAGGCUUUAUCUUUACGUGGACAAAAUUGCGUUAGAAAAUACUUUGAGAUAGUAAUGAAGUUCAGAUGCAGAGGUAAAGAAUUAUGUCUGACACUACUUGAUCAAUAUGGUACAUUGCGACCCACGUUGAUAAUUCUUAAUGAGAAUAGGAUAGGGGGACAAGAGUGGGCACGACCAUCUGAACUUGGAUCCUAGAUUGUGUCAAAUCCCUGCUCUCUCAGGUUGGAUCCUUUCAUUUAUUCCAGUUCGUGUGAUACCUUCUCAUUGUCUCAUGCCACCCUGUAUAACCUAAUAUGAAAAUUUGAGUUACAUUUUCAUUCUUAGUUGGUUCAAGCACACCUUCGUCUGUUUAAUGUCAAUAAGUGACAGUGAGAUAUUCUUGCAACCUCUGUAGUAAAAGAUACAAUGUAUAGGGAGGUAUUUAAUGUGAACAUUUUUUGUACUUUACUUAUUUUUACCUCCCAAUCUCUUUUUUUUUCUGCCUUCUCAAUGAAUGCUUUCUAUUCCUUUUUCCUCUGUGUAAUGAAUAUGCAGUUAUGUAAAUAGCUAUUUUUUAUUUCAUAUAUUUGGUUACCCAUUUGUUGGCGCUUUAUGGAUCCAGUGGAUCCAAAACACUUUCUGUUAUCGGGAUUCCUGCCCCAGAAAAACCGUCAGGAACCACUUGAUAUUGUUAGCUAUUGGCCCUUGAACUGUCUUAAUUUGUAUCGCAAUGUCGAAUAUUGCCUUCUAUAAUAUUUGCUGUUACAGAGAGAUAAUGGUAAAUGUAGAAUGUAGAGGUUCCUAUAAUUUUUAAAAAAUAAUGUUGGGUAGCUUUCUGAAAAUAACUUAUAGACAAGAAGGUCCUUGGUUCCUACCUUGGUUGAGACUUGGCGCAGUAAACUUGAUAUCAGUCAUGUCAAGGAUAUCUGUUCGAAGGAUGGUGUUAGGUCAAAAAGACACUUAAAUAAGCAGGGGUGUUAUCACUCACUAAGAAAGCAUGACAUGGAACGGUGGGGACUGAAAAGACCAUGAUAUGGAAGACAAGAUGUUGUGAGCCUUGAAAACUAUUGACCAUUAGGCAUGUGCAAUCAAAGCCUACACGGGAAGUUAGAUUUUUUAAAAUAGGAUACUGUGGAAUAUGAUUUGAUUUAUGGGUUAAGAUGGUGGAAAGAGAGGCCAGAUUUUAGGUUGGGGCAUCUGAGUCAUUUGGGUAAUUGAACGAAUUUUGAUUUAAAAGGGAAUGAGUAAAAUAAGUGUGGCUUUACUGGUAAAAAUAUAAUCUUCAGAGACUUUAAAAUGGUUUUUUCAAAUAGGACGGUUACAAAAAACUUGAGGAGUUAAUGCCAUCAAUUUAACAACAACUAUUUUGAUUCAUAUAAAUUCUUCCAAAUUUCAAUUUAUUCCACUGGUCUUUUUCUCAUAGUAUCAUAUCGUCCUUUUUCUGUUGUAAUGGAACAGCGAAGCAAAAUGCUCAGCCCAGAAAAGUGGCAUUCGAUUUUUGACAGUGAUGGAAGAGUCAUUGCCUUUCGAAAGGCCCUUAGAUCUAUCAUACUAGGGGUAAAUAUUUCUCCUGUCUCUUUUCAUACGAUCAGUUAUAAUGGGUUAAGUUUUGUAAGAUCCACUUUAAUAAUGCUUCAUAUCACUCGGUAUGAGUCUUUUAUUUUUACCUCUCUUUUUGAAUCUUUGAUAUCUCCACAAAAAGUGCAUAGAGAAUUUUAGUUGCUACACGGAUUUUCUGUUGCUUUUCAAGACCAACUUUUUUAUGCACACACUUUCAGCUCAAUCAAAUCGUUUCAUUCCCCGCGGCUUUAUUAUUGAUUUAAAAUGUCAUUACAUCUUUGAAGUCAACGCAUCUAGGGCUGUCAAAUUGCUUUUCUGUACAACUUCAUAGAGUUCCCAAUGUUUUGACGGUAUUUAAUUUAAUGAAAAUGGAAUAAUCGCCCAAGCUUCAAGUUAAUAGCUGGUGAUCAGAAUUUGCUUUAUUUCCUUAAUUUAAUACUAAAUAUUUCUGUGAAACCAAAAAAAAUCGUUUUCAUUGAGUUAGUCAGCUCAUACUGAGCUUCAACAGUUGUAUUUCCUCAAAAGUGAUUUUUUCCCUAAAGAAGUUCACUUUUUGGAGCCAACUGAUUCUUAUUUUUGCUGCAUUUCCUUGGGCACAAGAUCAGGGUGUUGAUCCAGAAAUAAGGGCGGAAGUCUGGGAAUUUCUUCUAGGUUGUUAUGCUUUGGGCAGCACUUCAGAGUACCGGAAACAACUAAGGAUUGCUCGGAGGUUUGUAUUCUUAACCAUUUAGCAUACAUCAUUUGCUGCGGACCCCUGUUGACUAUUUUUCUGCAUAAAAUGGAGCCAUAAUUACAGUCCAACCAUUUAUGCUCCUGUUUCGUUGACAUUUUUAUGAUUCAGUCUUUUGACUUUCAAAACGAAGAUGGAUUUUUUUUCAACGGAUUUUUAUGUUUAUGACUUGUUGGCUUUUUUAAAGUUGUAUCUACAGAAGUGCUUCACAGCAUGUUUUGUUUCAGGGAGCGGUAUGAUGACUUAAUAAGGGAAUGUCAAAUGAUGCACUCGAGCGUAGGUACUGGUAUGCUUGCGUAUGUUGUUGGGUCCAAGGUGAUGGAUGUAAGGACACCACCCAAGGACACUGUUACUAGGGAAGAAGAAGAGAGCAGCAAAGAUCAUUGCAGCAGAAUUAACCAGCAAGAAACAUACGAUUUUAAUAACUAUCAUAAAGAUACAUCACAAGUACAGAAAAGAGAAAGUUCUAGCGAUUCUGCUGAUUUUUUCAGCCUUACUGAGAGCAAGGAUAGCAUAGCCUUCGAUACCUCUUCCGCUUUAGAUGAAUCUAGUUCACAUAAUUGUUUUCCUGUGAAGCCUGAUAACAGAGUUUAUGAAGACCAAUAUGCAUCUGAGAACUUUUUUGAUUUUCCUCCUCUACCAGUUACUGAUUUAUUUAAAAAUAGUGAUAGUGAGAAGAAGAGUUGUGAGGCGCUAGAUGUAUCAGAGCAUAGUUUUAGAUUGGAGGGUGAAGUCAUGCAUAGUUUUAAAAUUAACAAUAACGUUGACCUUGUUAUGGAGUCAAAUAAUACGCCUCUUCAUCCUAGUAACUCCGAUACUGGGGGAUUUGAUCAAAAUAUCCAGACUAAGGUUAGAGGAUUCGAAAAUGUGGGAUGCAACAGUGUCGUGGUGACCAGAUUGAGAGUAUCAGAUACACAAGAAACUAGAAGGUCGGAUGGAUCCGCUUCCAAUGGAGUGCCUGCAAGCGACAACAGAGUCUCAGAAUGGCUAUGGACGCUUCAUCGAAUUGGUAAACAAUAUUUCUCUUCCGAAAGUUUUAUCCCAUUUUCUGACUCUGAGUAGCAAAUGACCAAUUCAUCUUAGUUUUUAAAUCUGACGUUAGCCAUAUUUUUUCAGUUGUUGAUGUGGUAAGGACAGAUGGUCAUCUUGAGUUUUACGAGGAUUCAAAAAAUAUGGCUAGAAUGUCAGAUAUUCUUGCUGUUUAUGCAUGGAUUGAUCCUGCUACUGGUUACUGCCAAGGUUUUCCUUUGACCUUCCCCAUCUAACUCUGAUGUGCACUUGCCAAACUGAAAUGAUAUUCUAUCUGGUGUAUAUUGUGUGACACCUCAUAUUUAUGCUGUGUUUGAAGUCUCACAUCACUGGGGUCUAAUUGCAGGUAUGAGUGAUCUGCUUUCUCCUUUUGUCGUUCUCUAUGAGGAUAAUGCUGAUGCGUUUUGGUGCUUUGAAAUGCUUUUAAGACGGAUGGUAAUGUUUCUCAAAUCUGCAUCAUCUUUGAUGAAAGAUUAUUUGACAGAGAUUUCAAGUAUCCCUAUUAAAUCGUUGUACAUUUUUCAGCGUGAAAAUUUCCUGAUGGAAGGUCCAACUGGUGUGAUGAAGCAGUUGCAAGCACUGUGGAAGAUUUUGGAAUUAACAGAUGCCGAAAUAUUUGCACAUUUGUCACUUAUAGGUGCUGAAAGCCUUCAUUUUGCUUUCCGGAUGUUGCUGGUGCUUUUUCGUCGGGAAAUAUCUUUUAAUGAGGCACUUUGCAUGUGGGAGGUUUGUACUCUAUAGUUUAUGUUGCAAUGGUUACACAGUAAUAUUACGUUAGAUUCGCAAUUAUUUUGUCAUUUAGACUUGUGUAAAAGUGAAAUAGUGACGUUUUAGAAUCACUCAUUUUUCAGAAAAGGAGAUAUGAUGAGAUGCCAGUUAGGGUCUCCAAAAUAUUAUUUGGAAGAUUCAUCAUAAAACUAAAACUUGCACUAUCUUUAUGGAGCUUGGCUUAGAAUCAAGGAAGCUCAACGACCAGAGAGAGAGAGAGAGAGAGAGAGAGAGAGAGAGAGAGAGAGAGAGAGAGAGCGAGAUCUCAGCUGUCUGUCACUCUCUAGCUCCUAUUUACUUGUCAAAAGCACACUGGAGGCCAUAAUAAGUGCCCUUGUUUUUCCCAUAGAUCCCAGCUUCAUGUAGUCACUAAUGUAUUUGUAUAGGCCCUAGCAUAUACUACAUUGCAAAUCAUCCAUUCAUCUUUUUAAUGGGUGAAAGGAAUGAACACCCAUCUAUGUUUAAAAAAACAAACUGGCAGUGCACGAGGUUACUUUUUAUUUAGUAUGGUUCAUAAUAGCUAUGCAGCGCUAGAGAUUCAACAUUACAUAGUUGACCUUGCCGUAUUGACUCAAGCUCAUUUUUGGGUGAGUUUUUUUCACAACCUUCAUGUUGCAUUUUUUUAAAUCAGAUAUUCUUCAAUUACUUAGUUGGCUACACUCCACUGUUGUUACUUCUAUCUUACUCAUUUUCAUAGUUGCCCUGGUUACUUCUAUCUUACUCAUUUUCAUGUUGGCUGUAAUUCCUGUGCCAGAAAAUGCUAUUGAUGUAUCAUCAGAGCGGUCCAUUCAUCUUUCUAUUUCUUUAACAUUUUCUUGUGAUCAUGCAUUAGUUUGUGAGAAAGUGUUUUGAAGAUUUUUUUUAAUAUUCUCAAUAUGGCUGCAAUGCAUCUCUGAAUUGAAAGGAAACCCAAGAUGGAUUUUCAAGACAUAGUUCGAAUCAUUGAGGAAACGUAUUUUGCUAAUGGUAGAUAUGAGAAAUUAGAUCAGAAAGGAACCCUAAUUUGGACCCUCAGCUGCAAGAAUUUUUCAGGAAACGCAUUGCAUAUUCUUGCCAUUAAAAAUUCUAACCAUAGGAUGCAAAGAGUUUUUUUACCUAAAAAACUUGAAUGAUGUGGAAAGCUUUUUUUUUUUUUUUCAAAGUUCCCCACUUGCUCCUAGCUGUGAACAUGGAUUGCGCUUCUCUGUUGCUUAAAAGCAUUUGAUAGAUUCUCUCCUUCAUCAGCGGUCAAUUUCAUACAAUUUUUUUGAUGUGGACAACACGUCAAAAUUCUUGGACUCCAAUUUCUCAUUUCAGAUGAUGUGGGCUGCUGAUUUUGAUGAGGCUGGUGCUCUGGCGUUGAACGAGAACGGUCUUCAACCCUUGACAUUACAGCUUUCAAGUGAUCCAGAUGGAGCAGGAACGGAGGCUAGAGAAGGUGGCCGGAAGAAUCUGCCUGAACAUGGCAGUGAUGGGAAUUCUCCACCGCAAGAUAAUGAGGAGAGAUCAGUUUCGAGGAAUUCAUUUUGUGGGUUGGCGAGGGCGAGCUUUUGGGCGAGGCACGACCACAUGGGAGAGAUCUGCACCGCUUCUACUACAGGAACAAAAAUCGGAUGCGAUGAGCUGCCCGUCUUCUGUGUAGCAGCGAUUCUCAUCAUCAACCGCCUCAAGAUCACAAGAGAGACCCAGUCGAGUGACGACAUGAUAAAGGUGGACGUAUAUUUUACCAGCUCCCCUCCAUAUCUUCUUCAUCACUGUCAUUUAUAUGCGCAUUGGAGAUGAAGUCAAGCGGAUUUGUCUGAAGUUAAGCAUAUGAAUCUUUGAUUCUCUGCAUGCACCGAGUUAAUACCGUUUAUUAGACAUCAAAUCACUCUUGUUCCUGUAUUCUGGGAAGAAAAAUCUCUGAUAAAUAUGAGUUGCCAGAAUAUUUCCCGGGAGAGCCAUGAAUCUCAAUCUAUUUGGCUCAGGAGAUUAAGAAACCUCCUUGAAUUGAAUGAUGUGACCAGUUUACUGACUUUUCUUGGUUAGUCAAGGGCGAAGCGUUGACCCAAAAUCUUCUUUCCCUGCAGAUAUUCAAUGACAAACUGCUGAAGAUCAACGUGAAGAGGUGCAUCCGUUUGGCCAUCAAACUACGGAAGAGGUAUUUCUACAAGGUAAGGUGUUCUAAUGGAGAUGCUCAUUUUAUUUCUUUGAUGGUCAACGGGGGGAUGCGACUUUGAAACAUUUUCCAUCAGCUGACCAAGCAGACGAGCAUGGGGACCUCCGAUCAAUGA